GGGGUGGAGCCCCCCACCAAGAAGCAGAAAGGCGCCGGGGGUGCUGUCGGGGAGGCGGCCCCCCUUAUAGUCAUUGAUGACAUGCCCGCCGUUGAUGAGCCUCUGGCCUCGGUCCCCCCGAAGGAUCCGGUGAAUCCCCCCCGGGCGGAAUCACCCCGGGAGAUCCGUUAGCUCUCCUUUGCCCCCGGCGCUUCGUUGAUGCACGACACUGCCGAGCCGAAGGCCUUCCUGCGGGGCAUCACCUCGAAGAUGGACAGGGAAGUCUUCGAGACCUACGAUGACGAUGCCCUCGAGAACAGGAUCCUCCGCUCCUCGCUCACUGCCUGCAUAGCCCUCGGGGAACAGGCCCGGAGGCGCGAGGAAAGGCGUCUUCACGAGGCCGCCCAGGAUAAGAAGGUGGAGGGGCUGAUCCGUAAGAACUCCGAGGCGGUGAAGCAUGCUGCCCAGCUGGAGGAGGCCCUUCGGGAGGCGAAGGCGGCGGCGGAGAAGGCCAAGACUGAUGGUAUAGCCGAAGGCAAGGCAGAGGCCGAGAGGGCUGCUGCCGAGGCGGCGAAGAAAGUCGCCGAUGAAGCCCAAACUGCUAAGGAGAGAGCUGCGGCCGAGGCCCGAGGGGAGGCAGUUGCGGAGUUCCUUGCUGAGGGCUGGAGGGCCGAGGGCCAUAAGGAGUGGGUUGCCUCCGUGGUGGCAGCCUCGGUGGACGCUUGGGUAGAAGGCCCCGGGGUUGACUGGCUGACCGAUAGGGGCGACGCCUACUAUCAGGGGGGGUGAGUUUUUUACCCAGCACCUGAUAUACCGGAGGCUCGCCAGGCACUUCGGUGUAUCCCUCGAACAAUUUGACCCCUCGGUAUACGGCCUCCCUCCGUUGCAACCAGAUGUCAGAGUUCCCCUCCCCCCGGGUGAAGAGCGGCCAACAAUCUAUGAUUCUGUGAUGAUGGGGGGUGACGGGGUUGGAGCCGUCGGGGGUGAUGCUGCCGGAGAAGAAGUCUCCUCCAAGGCUGUCGUGGAAGAUGCCCCCGGUGACAACGAGGCUGAAGCCGCCGAGAAGAUUAUUACUUAGUCAAUUUUUUUUUUAAAAAAACCUUGUAAUGAAACUUUUGUUGCCCCUCGGCUUUGGCCACACUCUGUAAUGAUCACAUUGACUAUUUUUGUGUUGUAAUUGAAUGAUUGCCUUCGGGCUUGGUGUAUAUGAUAUGCUUCCUUCUGAUCUGUUCAUUGUUGAAUGUAU